UAGGACAAUUCCAAUAGCGGAAGAGGCAAAGCAGUUCCUGACUGGGUUCUGCUCAGAAACGUUUGGUUAACUUUUACCACCGUUUGGUUCAUUAACGUCAGUAGAUCUGUAGAUUUGACCGGAGUUACGUCAGCGUAACUUAACUUAACCUUUAACCCCCCAGGAUGCCGAGCGCCGGCUCACACGGGCUUCUUCCUGUCAUUGGAGUUGGAUUAUUUUAGUCACAAGUCAGAACCAGAACCAUGUCCGGUGAGAGGUCAACGUGGGUUGGACUCAGACCGUGGUUCGGUUCUGUGGUGUCGGUUCUGGGUUCUGCUUUGCUCGUAACAGCUGUGGGGUUCUUCUGCGCGCUUGUUUACCCCAUUCUCAAAGAGCUGCGAUCAGAGAGAGUAGGAGGGCAGAAUGGAGCAGGGGAGAGGAUUCUGGGCUUCUGGAGUAUCCUGGUGCUGGCAGCUCUAGUAGGAUGCAUCUGUUGCGUCUUCUCAUGGACUCUGACCUACCUGGACUUGCAGCAGCCUGGUGUGAAGUUCCCACCACCACCGUCAUUGGAACACUUCAGAGACGUCACGGAUCAUGGAUUCAACGUGAGCUACGGUGUAGCGGCUCUUAACGGCGUCCUGGCCUUGCUGACUGUCAUCUGGAGCCUCUCCUAAAACACCAGCCCUUAGGGAGCUUCAGAGAAGACCAGAGGACCAUUAUCUGGCAUGUGGAGUUCAGUUAUUGUUGUUCUGACCCAGCUGGGUCAGAACUUUUAUCAGUGGUUAUGUUUUAGACAGACUGUUGUUCCCGUGUGUCCUCCUGUCCCAGGCUCACGGUCAGGAGUGCUACCAUCUCUGUAGUGUAACUGUAUCAGAUUCAUGCUCUAAAGACAAUAAAAAACAUCAACAUUA